AUGGCUCCAGAGCACUGGGGAGGGGGAUGGUGCGGCGGCGCUGGCCAGUCUGCUGGCUCCCAGCAUGCACCGGGGCAGCGGGGAGUCAGCCCCCAGCCGAGCGGCAGCAAACCAGGCGUGAGGAGGAGGCAGUUGGGUCCCGGACGCUCAAAAACGCCGACAGCUGAGAUCGAGAGAGACGCCUACAGGACCCCAAUAGCAGGCCUGCAGAAGCCGCCGUCAGCUGAAGACGAGAGCUACAGCGCCGAAAACCUGCGACGCAUCGCCCGCAGCCUCAGUGGGACCGUCAUCGGGUCGCGACCCCAAAACCUCGCCCCCUCCCACAGCUGUGAGCUGGUGCGAGCAUCCAGCAGCACGUUCUGGUUGUGCCUGACCGGCGUCAGACUCUUUCAGCUCACGGCGUCCCGCUGAGUUACGGCA